AUGGCGGUGCCUCCCGUCGCCGAAACCAACGAGGAGCGCGCUGUGCGAUUGGCAAUGGAGCGUGACCUUGGUAUUGAGCGCGUUGAGAGUCUUCCUGCAGAAGAUGGAGAAAAGAAAGGAAUCAAGUAUUCCCGUGCUGCCGCAGAUGCUGUCAUGUCUGGUCCUGCUGUGCGGGCAGAAACCAAUGCCUUGUGGCUAAGUGCCAUCGAAGCGGGUGAUUUUGAUGACGAUGACGCAGAGGGGGUCAAGGGUUUGAGUACAAUGGCCCAUGGUCGACUCCACGCCAUUCGAGAAACAACAAACAGCGCUUCACCCCAGCAAUCUUCGCCCUCGCCUGCUCAUCUAUCAUCGAGAGCUAGUAUUGCCAAGAAACCAGCGCCAUAUAGCCCUAAUCAUAACCCGGCAAAGCCUCCUCAGCUCAACAAUGCUCGUCAUAAUAUCACCAGCCAGAGGCCUAAGAGGCGGCGGAAUGUCCCCUCGCCAACCAAUGGAGCCUCUCGUGCUACCGCUGCUAAGGCCGCAUCCCCGGGUCUUACCAAUAAGGCUGCAGCCCCAGGACCUGCCAAUAAGGCUGGGCAGCAUCCACUGGUACAGAAAAAGUCUCAACUAAGCAAUGGUCAUCGUAACACCCAGCCCGCCAAUUCAAGCCUGUUGAGAAACUCGUCAUCGUAUAACUUGGGUCCCACUAAACCACCAAGCACAUCCCAACUCAGUAAUAUAGUUCUCGACGAGAGCGUUCUGUGCCUUCAGGGCGAAACCAUAUUAUACCGUGACGUUGCUUUGUUACAUCAGCAGGCAGGUACAAAACCGCUCCCUUCGAGUGUCAUAUGGCUCGCGAGCGGCAAUGUGGCAGAACCGCAGUUCAUUGUCGUUGUCGAUAAUGCUAUUCUGCAUGAGUACCCACUGUCUUCCUGGAAGACCAGCUGGGGAACUGCACCUGAUCGCGACAUCAAGUUUAGAGACAACUUGGGCAUAGAAACCACCAUUCGCCUGACAUUCAUCAAUCAUACUGCCGUUUCUCUUUUUGUAGAGAAGCAAGAUGAGCUGGCAACGCAGUUCAAAAAACCAAGCACCAUGCGAGACGGAAGUGCGCAACCAAAGCAGACGGUCUCCACUAUGGUUCCUACAACGACUGGAAGUCAUCCGCCCACAGAUACGGGGACUCCAACCAAAUUGAAACCUUCAGGAACCGCAAAAGCUGCGGCGAAUACCAACGAAACCAAAACUGCCCCCUCCAACAAAUCUUCGUCACAGAAAAAGGCUGCAGCUGUUGUGCUCCAAAGUAGCCCGGCGCUUCCGGGUUCAAAGGAAGCAAGUCCACCGGGAGUAAAUGUGUCAAAACAACGAGAUGCUCAGUCACAGACCCCUGACUUGUCCACAUCCGUACCAGGCCCUGCCGAAGGGUCAUUCUCUUCCAGUGACAUCGGCGGUCAGCUCAUCCUGCUUGAAGAUGAUAGGACGGCAGCAGUACGGGGUCCCUCAAGGGACCCGCGAUCUUCGGGUCAUCUGCAGGAGCUGCAUAGCUUAUCUCCCGAGUCACCUUCCAGCAACGCAUUGGUGCUUUACGACGACCAAGCGCACAAGACAGCUGCAGUUGAUCAAGCAGUGACAACUGAUUCUGUGAUUGCAAUGUGUCAGGCCAUCACUGUCCAAGUGGAGCAACUGACACAGGUACACAUUGAUAUGAGCCGUAAAGCCCGAGAUGCUGUCCGCCAGCGUCUUGAUGCCGGCCUCUCAAAGUCCUUCAGAGGCAUCGAAGAUCCAAAGAGGAGUCAUGUCAUUUCCACUCUCAUGCUUCUUUUCGAUGCGGCCACCCGCCAUAAUGGACUUCGUUACUCGGCUGACGAAAUGCAUGACUUGCGUUCCGAUGCCGAGCCACCACGGGGUCAUGAUUAUGAGCAGGCACGCAAAGAUUUGGAUGACCUGGGUGUGAUGAACCCGCUAAGGAAAUCUGAAGUCCACAAGUUGCAGGUCGCACAGGUAGCAGCCAAGCAAACUGAAGACACACCGGGACUUCAAGUCGAAAGCCAGGCCAAAGCCAUCAACGCAUCGGCGGCUGCAGGAGCAUCAUCUACCCUGGUUGAUGCUGAGUCAACUGAAGCCUCGACCUCUUUGCUCGCAGCGGCUGAAAUCUCUGGGGCUGACCAUUCGAGUCCUCGGAUCACAGCGGUUGAUACGAAUGUCUUUGGAAUCGAGACCAAUGACAAUAUGCCUUGCAGUGUGUCCGCUACUCGCGCUUUAUCUCUAAGGAGGCAAUCCAGCCGGUCGAACUCUGUCAGUUCACAAGUGACGCAGGGAGGCAGUCGCCGCGUUGGACUUGCCAGCUCCAGAUGGGCGUCCGGUGCAGCUACUUCGAAUGCUCAUAUCUCUGCAUCACUAAUAAGCAGCAGCCCAGUUCCUAACUCACCAGCCACCACUCGCUCACCCCCAAUCACUUCAGCCCGCCCAACAACAGGAUCUACCUCAGUAAUGUUCAGCUCUCGGUUCGCAGAGUGUAUUCCCAGAACUAGCGCUUUGUUCGACCUUUCCAGCCUCGAAGGAGGCGGCGGUCAAUCACGAGUCCCGAGUGUGGAGUCUGAAAGGUCUGUGGCUGACUCUACUGCUACGGUUAACGCGUUAUUUACUCAGCUUUCUUUGCACAGUCCUGCUGGAGAUGAAUGCCAAGUUCCGGAGCGGCGCUCCCUGGGCCGCGGCGUCAGGAACAUAAAUAUCCCAGUUAGUGAAAGGGGGCUCCGCAAUUCAGACAUUACUUUGAUAUAA